GAAGCGCGCGCCCCCGGCUCCUCAUUGCUGUGUUGGCGGAGACACGUUACGCGUCUACACUCAACGGAGCUUAAAACGACUUUUGGUGAUUUUUGCACCGAAAUACUUUAACGUUUUCUCGAAAACUUGAUCCCGCGAAACCUAAGUAAAAAUGCGUGAAUGCAUCUCCAUCCAUGUGGGCCAGGCCGGCGUACAGAUUGGCAAUGCAUGCUGGGAGUUGUAUUGCCUGGAGCAUGGCAUCCAGCCUGACGGCAAUAUGCCAAGUGACAAAACCAUUGGUGGAGGAGACGACUCCUUUAACACUUUCUUCAGUGAGACUGGCUCUGGGAAGCAUGUGCCACGAGCUGUGUUUGUGGAUCUGGAACCUGCAGUCAUUGAUGAGGUGAGGAGUGGAACCUACAGACAGCUGUUUCACCCGGAGCAGCUCAUUUCCGGGAAAGAAGAUGCUGCCAACAAUUAUGCCCGUGGCCAUUACACCGUUGGCAAGGAGAUUAUCGAUAUGGUGCUGGAGCGCGUCCGCAAACUGACUGACCAGUGCACUGGACUCCAGGGUUUCCUGAUUUUCCACAGUUUUGGUGGAGGCACUGGCUCUGGUUUCACAUCCCUUCUGAUGGAGCGUCUCUCAGUUGACUACGGCAAGAAGUCCAAGCUCGAAUUUGCCAUCUAUCCUGCUCCUCAGGUCUCUACCGCUGUGGUCGAGCCAUACAACUCCAUCCUAACCACCCACACCACCCUAGAGCACUCUGACUGCGCCUUCAUGGUAGAUAACGAGGCCAUCUAUGACAUCUGCCGCAGAAAUCUCGACAUCGAGCGUCCCACCUACACCAACCUCAACCGCCUGAUUGGCCAGAUUGUGUCCUCCAUCACCGCUUCAUUGCGCUUUGAUGGUGCCCUCAACGUCGAUCUGACAGAGUUCCAGACCAACCUGGUGCCAUAUCCCAGAAUCCACUUCCCCCUGGUCACAUACUCCCCCAUCAUCUCUGCUGAAAAGGCUUACCAUGAGCAGCUGUCUGUGUCUGAGAUCACCAGUGCCUGCUUUGAGCCAUCCAAUCAGAUGGUGAAGUGUGACCCCCGGCAUGGAAAGUACAUGGCCUGCUGUAUGCUGUAUCGGGGUGAUGUCGUACCCAAAGAUGUGAAUGCCGCUAUUGCCAACAUUAAGACCAAACGCUCAAUCCAGUUUGUGGACUGGUGCCCAACUGGGUUCAAGGUUGGCAUCAAUUACCAGCCACCUACAGUGGUCCCUGGUGGAGACUUGGCCAAGGUACAGAGAGCUGUGUGCAUGCUGAGCAACACCACUGCUAUUGCAGAGGCCUGGGCCCGUCUGGACCACAAGUUCGAUCUGAUGUAUGCCAAGCGUGCCUUUGUUCACUGGUAUGUUGGAGAAGGAAUGGAAGAGGGAGAGUUUUCUGAGGCCAGAGAGGAUCUUGCAGCACUGGAGAAAGAUUAUGAGGAAGUUGGCGCUGAGUCUGUGGAGGAUGAAGAGGAGGGAGAGGAGUAUUAAAAGCCUUAAGCAACUGGUCUGACACCAGUUUACGGUCAGAAGAGAAACUGGUCCUACUUCAGCAGCACUUAUAGCAGUAUUUGCCUCUUCAUUGCCAAGCUGCCUUUAUGAAUGCCUAAUUAUGGGGAACAAAGCCCUUGUGUGUUUAUAAAUGUUCUGUUUCGUUCUUUUUCUAUACCUCCAUUCUGUCUGAUUUCAAAGAAAUGAGUUGCCAAAGGCAUUUCUCUCUGUGAACACUUUUUGUAAGCUGUCUUUGUCUCUCACAUGCUGUAAGUGACACGGUUUCAGAAAUAAACUUGUCAAAUGUG